AUGGCCCCCUUCACCGGCCCCUUGUACCCUUACCGCGACAUCAACCUGCGUGUCAGCAACGACGCCUACACCUUCACGUCGCCCUCCUCUCCCAAUGCCCCGGCAUUGGUUCUUGACCGUCCUACCGGUGAUGUCAGCUUGACCGAGCCGUCUCUGCAGUCCACCAAGCGCGCCACUCGCGUCUCUAGCAUUGCCGGCGUUCUCGGCCUGAUUCAGCUCAAGCUCGACAAAUAUGUCGUCAUAGUCAACAAGACCAAACCCGUCGGCCGCCUCAAAGGCCAGAUGGUCUACAAGGUCCUUGCCGCCGAGAUCCUGCCCAUGCGCGAGCGCCAGAUUCACGAUCCCGACGAGGAUACCUUUGUCCGCCUCCUCGAUACGUUCCUCAAGAAGGCGCCCCUCUAUUUUUCCUAUUCGCUUGACCUCACGAACUCGUUCCAGAGGCAAUCUCAGGCCGACACCGCUAAGCCUCUCUGGAUGCGCGCCGACGAUCGCUUCUUCUACAACAAGUUCCUCCAGUCAGACCUCAUCGACUUCCGCAACCUCGGGUCCCGCGCCCAGCCUGGAACUCAGCCCGGUAUCGAUCCCUUUAUCCUCCCCUGCAUGUUUGGCAUGUUAGAGAUUAAGCAAACCACAUUCAAGGGCACCCCUGUUAGCCUCACCCUCAUCUCCCGCCGCUCUAGAUACCGCGGUGGCACUCGAUUUUUUACCCGUGGUGUGGACGAGGAAGGCCAUGUCGCCAACUACAACGAGACAGAGCAGAUCGUUAUUCUCAACGAGGCCAGCACUGGUAUGGGCGGCUUCGCUGGCAGUACCGAUAUGCAGAGCGGCAAGCUUGGCGGUACCGACGGCAAGGAGAUGCAAAUCAUGUCAUACGUCCAGACUCGAGGCAGUGUUCCUACGUACUGGUCCGAGAUUAACAGCUUGCGUUACACCCCCAAGCUGCAGGUCCGUGGUACCGAGGCUGCUACCGCUCCUGCUGCGCGCCACUUUGAUGAGCAGAUUCGCAUUUACGGCGACAACUAUCUCAUCAACUUGGUAAACUCCAAGGGCCGUGAGCGCAACGUCAAGGAGUCGUAUGAACAAAUGUGCCAGGCCCUCUCCAGAGCCGGUAGCAUUGGCGAUGCCACCAACGAGAAGUUCACCGUGACUCCCAGCAGUAGCAGCCGCAAUCAGUUUGACAAGAUUCAUUACGUCUACUUUGACUUCCACACCGAGACUAAAGGCAUGAGAAUGGACAAGGCCUACAACUUGGUCACGCGUAUGCACCAAGAGCUUGAGACGCAAUCAUACUUCCGCGGCAUCAACAUGCCAGGUGGCCUUGAUGACAAACUCGAGGCCCGCAGUCUACAGACCAGCGUCAUGCGUACCAACUGUAUGGACUGCCUUGACCGCACCAACGUUGUUCAAAGCAUGUUUGCCCGCGCAGUUCUCGACCGCAUUUUUAGCGAGCUCGGUCUCAUGCCUCGUGGCGCCUCCUUCAAGGAGCAGGACCCCGACUUUGAGUUUCUGUUCCGUAACCUCUGGGCCGACAAUGCUGAUACGGUCUCUGGUUCCUACUCUGGCACUGGAGCCAUGAAGACAGACGUCACCCGCACGGGUACGCGCACCAAGCUCGGUGCCCUUCAGGAUGGACGCAUCGGUGUCACGCGUUAUUUCCUUAACAACUUCCUCGACGGUCCCCGCCAGGACAGCUUCGACCUCUUCCUCGGCGCCUACCAGCCCGGGAAGUCCGGUGUCGGCCUAGGUCGCAUUUUUGUCGACAGACGUCCCCUCCUAAUCCAAUCGAUCCCUUACUUGCUUGCUUUCAGCGCCUUCAUUGUCUUGAUCGGCAUCUUCACUAAGCGUGAGCCCGACGCCAGGGUCCUGCCCCUGCGCAUCUUUAUUCUUUUUUGGACCGCCGUUGCUGCCUGGUGUUUGCACUUUAUCCUCGGACAUGGCAUGCUCUACGUCAACUGGCCCACACUCAACCCACGCCCGUUUGCCACGGAGGGCUACAAUGAGCACUACUCUAAAGCGCGCAAAGAUGCUCUGCUUGGCAGCUUCGUAGCUCGCCACGAGCGUGGCCUCAGCACGGCACGCUUCCUAAGUGCCGAGGAGGGUAAAAAGAGAAUCGAAUAA